CGUGUGUGUGUGUGUGUGUGUGAGAGAGAGAGAGAGAGAAAGAGAGAGGGGAGGAGGAUUCAAGGUAAUUCGCAGCUGAUGCAGAAGCUGCUCGCUCGUGUUGUUGCUGGCGCGGUUCCGUGGAACACUGCGGUAAAGAGCGCCGUAUAUCCGUCCAGUCAGCUCUUCAGCGGGAAGAAUGCGCGCCGCGGACGGACGGACGUUAUAAAGAGCACAGCGCGUAACGUUACCAGCGAGAUGAAGCACGAAUGAGAUUCUUAGCAUGUCUUUCAAGAAGGAGACACCGCUUGCCAACGCUGUGUUUUGGGCAGCGAGGAAAGGAAACUUGGCCUUGCUUCAGCUGUUGUUGAACAGCGGCCGAGUGGAUGUCGACUGCAAAGAUGGAUAUGGCACCACAGCAUUGAUGGUGGCUUCAUACAGCGGUCAUUAUGACAGUGUCCGGGAACUCAUCAUGCAAGGUGCAGAUAUUAAUCUGCAAAGAGAGACUGGUUCCACCGCCCUCUUCUUUGCUUCACAGCAGGGCCAUAAUGAAAUAGUCAAGCUCCUGUUUGAAUUUGGAGCAUCCACAGAGUUUCGGACAAAGGACGGGGGCACGGCGCUCUCCGCGGCCUGUCAGUAUGGUCACUCCAAAGUGGUGGAGACCCUCCUGAAGAACGGCGCCAGUGUCCACGACCAGCUCAAUGACGGUGCAACAGCCUUAUUUUUGGCAUCCCAAGAGGGUCAUGUGACCGUAAUACGGCAGCUUUUGUCAUCUGGGGCUAAAGUCAACCAACCCCGAGAGGAUGGCACAGCUCCGCUCUGGAUGGCAGCCCAGAUGGGACAUUGUGAGGUGGUGAAAGUUCUGCUGCUACGAGGAGCAGACCGUGAUGCAGAUAGAAAAGACGGCUCCACGGCUCUGUUCAAGGCUGCACAUAAAGGCCACUGUAACGUCAUCGAGGAGCUCCUCAAGUUCUCCCCUUCACUCGGCCUUCUCAAGAACGGUUCCACAGCUCUUCAUGCCGCUGUCAUGGGUGGGAAUCCAAAAACAGUUGAGCUUUUGCUGAAGGCAAAUGCUGAUCCAGCUCUAGCCAACAAGAACAACGAACUGCCGGAGGAUCUGACGAAGAACGAGCGCAUCCUGCGAGUCCUGCGUCUGGCUGCGCUGAACGGAGCGAGUUGAUAUCUGCUGGGUUUGCUGUUAGCUCUCUGCUGUCUUUGUCUUUAAGUUUAAGUGAAAAACAAAUGCACUACAUCCUCCUGAGAGAGGAGAAAUCCUUUAACAGCUUUCCUGUCUCAUACAGCCGAUGUUAUAAUGGUGCUUGCUUGCAACAACACAAAUGCACUGAAAAGCAGAAUUGCAUAAUGUUGUUACAUAAUGUAAUGUCAUUAGCAUAAAAAUUUAUUAAAUUUGUAUGUUUUGUAAGAAGCAGAUUAUGCAUUUUGUUUAAACAAAUUAAAUGCUUAAAAAUGAGAUUAUAAAAUUAAUAAAUUAUUUUGGUGAUAUUAUUUUAGUAGUGUCUUGUAGCCUGCAAAUAUAUUUUAAUUUUAUAGCAUGUUUUCAUCAAAAGAGAUGACGAAUCAGUGUUUAUGCCAUACGACUACUACUACAACAAAGAAAGGAAAACUUCACAACCAAAAAAAAAAAAAACUCAAUACUAAUUCAAUAAAAUCUACUCUUGGCUCUAGUAGUUUUCUUGCCAUAUUUAUUUUCUUCUUAAAUGUAAUGUAGACUUUAUUUUCUUUAGAAAAGUUUCAAUAUUU